AUGUCCCGUAUACAGGGGCUGAAAUUUGUCGAUGCAGGCCAGAGGCCUCCAUUAGCCCCGAUGAGCUGCGUGCUGGACCCUUUGAAGGCGUAUGCCGAUCGGGCGGCCGUUUCGUGCCAGGGCAAAUGUUUCAAGUUUACGAGCGCCAAAAUUCAAAGCGAUGGCGGGAUCGAGCUUUACAUGUUGAGGGGAUGUUAUGAUAAGUUGAUCAAUUCUACUGUACAUCCGCCGCCUAGUGAUGAUAGAUGCUAUCAAUCGCCAGAUCACUACACUCAUGAAGUGGGCGUAGAGUACGUAUCGCAAUGUUACUGCAAAGGAUUCAUGUGCAACGACGUCCGAAUAAUCAGCCCCAUAUUUUCCUUAUCUCUGGCUUUGCUCCUCUUGCUCAAU